UUUCAUGAUCCCCUGACACUUGAAUGGGAUGCUUAACCUUGACACCCGCGUUCUUUCAUCGCCCUUCCGCUCACCGAAGCUCCACAGUAAGGGAAUUCCCACCGACUGAUCCCGAGACAGGCUGUGGUUCGUUGCGGAGGAUGGCAAACGAAGUUUCUUCUACCGUUGGAGAGGAAGGGAAGAGGAGAUUCCCGCCGGACUUCCUUUGGGGUGUGGCCACUGCUUCCUACCAGAUCGAAGGCGCCUGGGAUCGAGACGGUAAAGGUGAGAACAUCUGGGACGAGUUCGUGCACCGGAAACCCUCGCCGAUCACGAACGGGGACACGGGUGACGUGGCAUGCCGGUCCUACGACUUCUACGAACGAGACGUGGACCUGCUCAAGGCCCUCGGGGCACGUGAAGAGACGCUUUUUCAUUGUUUUCCAACCGUCGCGGCGGCGAAUGAUCUCGUGAAGGCCUACCGAUUCAGCAUCUCAUGGUCCAGGGUCCUCCCAGACGGGACGCCGAAUUCGGCCAACCCACUCGGGGUCCGGUACUACAACAAGCUCAUCGACCUGCUCCUCGCGAAAAACAUUCAACCGAUGGUGACUCUGUAUCACUGGGACCUUCCACAAGCCCUAGAGGAGAAAGGCGGGUGGCUGCGCCCGGAUUCACCGGCUUGGUUUGAGGAAUACGCGAAAUUUUGCUUCGAAAAAUUCGGGGAUCGGGUGAAGCUAUGGAUCACGUUGAACGAGCCGUACGUUGUGGCCCUGAGCGGGUUCGAGGAGGGCGACCACGCGCCCGGGGUGAAAGGCCACGGCACUGCCGUCUACACGGCGGCUCAUCAUCUCCUCGUGGCUCAUGCCAGGGCGUGGAGGGCGUAUGACCAACAGUUUCGACACCUGCAGAAAGGAAAGGUGGGAAUAACGCUGAAUGUGGCAAAUUUCAAGCCAGCAACUUCUUCCCCUGAAGAUGCCGAAGCCGCAAACAUUGCGUUCCGUUUUGACCUAGGCUGGUUCGCGAACCCAAUCUUCUCGGAGGAAGGGGAUUACCCGGAGGUGAUGAAGGAACGAAUCGAAGCCAACAGCGAGGCCCAGGGUCUUAAUGCAUCUCGACUUCCUUCGAUGGAUCCAGACACACUCAAUCUCAUCAAAGGCACUGGGGACUUCCUGGGAAUCAACACGUACGACACCCUGCUGGCGAAUGGAGGCGCGAUCAACGCGUCCGACACCCCGAGUUUCUCAAACGACAGGGGAGUCCGAUUCACCAGGAAUCCGGAUUGGCCGUCUAAUGCUAUGGGCUGGCAGCUGUAUCCCAAGGCGAUGGAGGAAAUCCUGAGGUGGGUGAGGAAUGAAUACAAUAACCCGACGAUUUACGUGACGGAGACGGGAUACGCGGACCCUGAUGUCAUCCUCGAGGACACCAACCGCAUUCGCUUCUAUUGCGUGAGUUUCAGCAUGCAAACAAACUUGUUUCAGCAGAGCCUUACGUGGGAAAUCCGUUCCAGGAAUACAUCGAAGAAAUUCGGUCUUUAUGCCGUGGAUUUUGGAGACCCAGAGAGGAAGAGAACGGAGAAAAUGUCCGCCAACUUCUACAGAAAAGUCAUAAAGGAGAAUGCCAUCUGAUCCUCCCCCUCGACAAAUCCCGUAGUUAUCAAUAAAACUUUUUACCCCCUUG